CAAACCAUUCUGACCACCUACAUCUCAUGAUAACUUUUCUAAUUAUACGAAACCAUUAUUAAACCAUCAUUCUGCAUUCUGAAACAGACGAAAUGGCUACACAACAUUCUCCACCACCUACGACGAUUCCGAAUUUAAAGGACAAGCUACCUAAAUUGGAGCCGCGCCGUCGGCGGCCUCCGCCCUCAAAUCCCCUUCCAUUACCAGAAACACCCAGCCUACCACCACCACCAGACACCUCAUCACACUCAUUCCAGGACCCCACACGACGGAUCUUGUCUACUCACGACCAUGAACUAUUUCUCUCAUCACCUACCUACAACCUCAUCGUCGCCUUUGUCUUCGGCCUCUCAGAUGCCAUCAUAGACACCCCAAUCUUAGCAGUCAAAGACGAUGACUGCAGUCCUAUCGUCAAAUCCAUAAUCAGUAUUCUCGAUGAGGCGGAAGCUUUGGUCUUAGCUACUCCCCCAGACGAUGCAGAAGGAUCUCGGUUUGGAAACAAGGUCUUCCGCACCUUCCUCGACAAAGCCAAAGCCGCCAGUCCCUCAUGGCACCAAAAGCUCGGUCUCACUUCACCAGAAGCCAUCUCAGAGGUAGAAACCUACCUUAACCAUUCCUUCGGCAACCGGACCCGCAUAGACUACGGUUCGGGCCAUGAGCUGAACUUCAUAAUAUGGCUACUCUGCUUGUACCAACUCCAAAUUGUGAAGAGAGCCGAUUUCAAGGCCUUGGUUCUGAAGGUUUUUAUUCGAUAUCUAGAACUCAUGCGAACGAUCCAAUCGACGUAUUAUCUAGAACCUGCUGGGUCACAUGGUGUCUGGGGUUUGGAUGAUUACCAAUUCCUCCCCUUCCUCUUCGGUGCUAGCCAACUUCUUCACCACCCCUUUAUCACACCAUUAGCAAUACACCAGGAGUUGACGCUCGAGGAAUUUGGCCACGAUUUCAUGUACCUUGGCCAGGUGAGUUUCGUCAAUAGUACGAAGACGGUUAAGGGUUUGCGCUGGCAUAGUCCCAUGCUGGAUGAUAUUUCCUCGGCGAAAAGCUGGGGCAAAAUCGAAGGUGGUAUGCGAAGGAUGUUCGUGGCGGAGGUACUACGGAAAUUGCCGGUAAUGCAACAUUUUCUCUUCGGCUCAUUAGUACCCGCUGUAGAAGGUAUGAGCACCGAGUCCGAAGCAGGUGUGAUAAAUGAAGAGAAUGAGGCUGAAGGGGGAGCUGUGGUUGUUGAGCACGACGGUGUAAAGCACGUACAUAAUCUCAACAGCUGGGGCGAUUGCUGUGGUAUUAAGGUGCCUAGCGCGAUCGCAGCCGCACAGGCAGCAAGGAAGAAUGGAGCUGGCGAGUCACUACGCCGCAUACCGUUUGACUAGAUCCCUAUAUUCAUUCAUUGAGGUAUCAAUAGUCCCCGCAAUUUAAUCAGUCAGAUAGAAUCGCAAUAUAGAACAAUGACACGAUGGUUCUCCAUGUCUUGGAUAUACGAUACGAGGGUUUAUUAUAGAACUAGUCACCCUGUUGAAGGCACUAAGACACGAACGUCCAAAUAGACAUAGUUACAUGAAGUCCCUUAUUACAUUGUGACAACUCCAAACAGAGUGCAUAACCUAUGUAUUGCCAACGCCU